AUGUCUGAAUUUUACAAUGGUCUUCGCAAAUCCUUUGGAACAAGCUUUCCAAAUGAAGAUGACGUUCCAAGAUAUGAUCAAGGAAAUGAAAGCCAUGCUUCACUUCCUCCACCUCCUCCAAUUGUUCUCCCUGACCCACAAGUUCAAUGGAUUGAAAAGAUCAAUCUCACUCAAGCCCUAUUGGCAAGUAAGCACGCAGAUGGGAAACCUGUGUGUGCACACGUCUUAGAGAUGAAGUCACGCAUUGAUAGGUUAAGGAUGUUGGGUGUCGAUAUCUCAGAGAUGUUGGCUGUUUACUGGGUUCUUCGGUCACUUCCUGAUUCAUAUAGAGUCCAUUUGCUUUUACUGCCAAGAGAAGGGGCAUUGGAGACGAAGCUGCCCUAUUUACCUCGGAGAUCUAGGAGAUGGGAGAGUCAAGACGUAUGGCUCUACUUCAGAAUCGAAGAAAAGAAAGGAAACUUAAUGAAGAAACGUGCUGAAUCUGAUCACGAAGAAAUGGAUUUUGAUCGCAUGGAUUCAAAGAUCGGAUUUUUGAGCUGCUGCUUUAGAGUUAGGGUAGAUUGCUAAGAAAUAUGUAAUAGCAUAGUUUUUCAGUUGAAUUGCAUUGUAAGGACAAUUUUUUCCGCAAUAAAAUAAAUUUUGAGUUUUAUCUUAUUUAUUUAUCCUUACAAU